UCUUUUAGGUGAAUUUGGAGACGAGGAAAGUAUGCUAGCCAAAAGAGGUGCUGAACAGACAGAUCCCCAAUUAGAUUCCAAACUUGACCUCUCCAGAGACUUCCAUAAACCACGUUAUCGCCCCUAUAAACAAAACAGUUCGCAGGCACCGAAAAAAACCUUGGAAAUGGCGCCGAUCGAACCGCACCAAAAUGAAAACACCAGCAAAAAACCGUCCCGCCGUCACGUGACUAAACUAUCACGUGGCCCAAGUCAAAAUAUUCCGGAUGAAAGAAUUUCACCUGGAAAGAGUGAAAUCAGUCGACGAGAGAGAAGACAGUGGAACAAGCGCUCGAACUCUUUGUUUUCUCCUCACGUGACUAAUCUGUACCCGUUUGAGACGAUUGAUGUGAGUAAUAGCAGCAACGCCGGCAGCCUUAGCAACGCCAGCAGCCUUAGCAACGACCUGCCCAAUGGCACUGCUGAAGCUAGAAUGUCGGAUAAUGCUGCUCUGGACAGGAGAAAACUCCAUAUUCAAAACCGUCGCAGGAACGGUCAAAAAGCCGUGGAAUCCUCGAUAAGUUCCAGGGGAGUUUAUCAUUUAAGCAGUCCACGGACUUCAGAGAAAAGUUAUCAUUCUAGCAAAACCUCUGAGUUUCAUUCUAAACGUCUUCAACGAGAACGUUCCAAUGAUCUGGAAAACAACCGAAGCCUAUAUAUUAGCUCCCGGAACAGUACUCACUCGGAAGCGUUCACCGAUGAUUACGGUAUGGGUCUUAGAGACGACGACGUCGACGUUUUGACAAAGAAUGAUAUGAAAGACAAAAAGGCCCACUAUAAUAACAGUGAUUUCAAAUUAGAGAGCCGAGGAUCGGACUCUUAUUUCAAUGGUUAUGAUAAGAGUUAUAGCAGCGACAUGAACAGCAACAACAAUAAUUAUUAUAAUGAUAUUGAUAGUGAUAGUGAUAGAUAUGCAAGCACGAGAUUGGCUCACAAUUCAAAAGAUAAAAGGUUCGAAUUAGGGAACUUACAUGACGCUAGUCCGUUGAGAAGUUUGAUGAAAUGGGAAUACGAAGAUCUGUAUGGCGGGAAACGACCCAACUCGGUCCGUCCAGCUCGGCCGAAAUCAGCCGUGGUCAGUGCUCGGACACAUGCGAUGACCAUAACGGACAGCGAUGACAGUUCCCUCGAUGGGGACAUAGAGUAUGUUGACUUGGAGGAACUCUCUGAUGGGGAAGACGCAAUUGUUCUUAUCGACCCCGAAUCAAUGAAACACCAGUCGAAUAAUUCCUGGAAAGACGACGAUUCCGAUGUCCGGCGAUCGGUCUCCACGAAAGCAUCUCAAGAAAUCUCCCCGCGGCAAAAUCCAAGAUUUGUCAACAAAAUUUCCCAAGAGAGUAAACGAUUGCGAAGCAACGGCUCGGAAAGCGGGAAACCGGAUACAAACUGGCUUUUUGCGAACAAGAAUAGCGAUUCCAGCAAAGAACGUCGCGAAAAACGGAGGGAGUCCUUUAUGGAUCCCACAGAUCCGUCUGAGUUUAAACUGAACGGACAGAUUCAUAAACUUAAUAUGAAAAAAGACAUGUUUGACUUAUCUUCUUUCAAAGACAAUCUGUCUCUGCCGAGGGAAGCAUCUCUCACUUCUUCGUUUCAGAAAUACAACAGAGACAGACUCUUGUCCGACAGUCUGAGACAAAACAAUGCCGUGUUGAAAACGCAAAAACACCAAUCAGAUCGAUCCGAUAUGAUUCGAUUUGAAAAGAAAGAACUUCUCCCUCGUCGCAGUUCACACCCACCUCUACCGAGACGGUUGAAACCAUUAUUCAGGAAUAUGCCUGACGAUGGAGAAGGCAACGAACUGAACGAGAAUGGUUUGGCUUAGUCAUGCCAUCAGUGUUAUAUCUUUUGUUUAGAAAUUGAUUUUUUUUUUCAUUCACCAAAAUUUGGUAAUAAAACUUUGAUUAUUAAACAAA